UAAAAAAAAAAGAAGAAGAAGAACGACCGAGCAGCAGGAGGAGUGGGAUGAAGAACUGAACAUACUGAAGGGGAAAAUAGAGGGGACGCUAAUCCUACAAAAUAUGGAGUCUUGCCCGAUGUACAUGUGUGUGUUUUACAAUACAUUGAUGUAGCCAGCCAAUAUUUUAUAUUUAUUUGAACAAUCUUUGUGUGUGACAUCCGCAAUGAUGAGGGUCGGGGUUUUGAGCAGGACCUCAGCGAUAGUUCUCUGUCUUUUGGGAUGCAAUGUGUGGAAAGCGGUAACCAAAACCCUGCAAGAUGACAACGCUCUAAAAGAGGUGACUCUGAAGGUUCACCUGAGUGAUGCCAGCACCCACCAGCCCCUGGGCGGAGCCACCAUCGAGCUCUUCGCAAACCACACCCCUGUAACCACAGAGACCUCUGCUGCCGACGGCAAUGCCUACCUGCGUUUUCCCUACCGCCUUGGAACCCUGUUGGUUGUCACAGCAACCAGACAGGGCUACGUGCCAAAUUCCGCCCCCUGGAGACCCACCAGACUGCCCGUGUUUUCCUCUCUCAGUCUGGAGCUGCUACCAGAGAGAGCUGCCACUCUGAUGGUGUAUGAAGACCUGAUACACAUUAACUCUGGAUCCCAAGGUGAGAGAGAGUACUGAGACACGGUCCCUGGC